AAACGGGAAGUUGAUUUUUGUUUUGUUUGGUUAUUUAUUUGUCAAAAUAUCUAGAAACUUGCCGGUACGACAGUUUUGUUGAAAUUUUUAUCAUGAAAAUGUUUUCUUGAGUACUACAAAGAGUUACUCGUCAACUUUAUAUUCACUGACAACUCACGAAAGCAUAUAUAGAUACAUUCACCUUCUAAAAUGUUCCUUCUGCUGGUAACAUCCAUAAUUUGUUUGCUGUUCAAUUGUGCAGCUUCGGCUAUUCCUAAGACGGAUCAUUAUCCGAAAGAUGAGCACAACAAACAAUACGACCACGAAGCUUUCCUCGGAGAAGAUGCCAAAUCUUUUGACCAGUUAGAACCGGAAGAAAGUAGACGGAGAUUAGGAAUAAUCGUAGAUAAAAUUGAUACAGACAAAGAUGGUUUUGUCAAUUUAGCUGAACUGAAAGCGUGGGUUCAAUAUACGCAGCGGCGAUACAUAGACGAUGACGUGGGUCGUCAAUGGAAGCAGCAUAAUCCGAAUAGUUCGGAGCGCAUCCACUGGGACACCUACCGGAAAAAUGUGUACGGUUUCUUGGAUGAAAUGGAUUCAAAGGAAUUGGAACAAGGCGACGAGCACUUUUCAUACAAGUCUAUGCUAACUAGAGAUCGACGUCGGUGGAGUGUUGCGGAUCGAGAUGGGGAUGAUGAAUUAACCAAAACAGAAUUCACCGAGUUUCUGCACCCUGAGGAAAGUCCCUAUAUGCGAGAUAUUGUGGUACAGGAAACGAUUGAAGACAUAGACAAGGAUCAUGAUGGUAAAGUGUCGGUAGAGGAAUAUAUUGGUGACAUGUAUCGAAGCGCGGAUGAUAAUGAAGAAGAACCAGAGUGGAUAAGGCAGGAACGGGAAACGUUUGAACAAUUUCGUGACCGAAAUAAAGACGGAUUCAUGGACCAUCAAGAGGUAAAAGAUUGGAUCGUGCCUGCCGAUUUUGAUCACGCAGAAGCAGAAGCUCACCAUCUGAUCUACGAAGCAGAUUCGGAUGCUGAUGAAAAACUAACCAAAGAAGAAAUUAUCAACAAGUACGAUUUGUUUGUGGGAUCGCAAGCGACUGACUUUGGAGAAGCUUUAACCCGCCACGAUGAAUUUUAGGCCUAGUUUCGCUCGACUGACGAUACAUUCGAAUAAUUGAUGACUUUAAGCUUAUUUCAUUGUAUUUCAAGUAAUACUCUAAAAAUGGAUCAAGAAUGAUAUAUUUUACUUUCGAAUGUAUUUUGUUUAUAAAGCUAGUAACACAACUGUAUUGUUCUGUUUGGAUGUAAUAAAAACUAGCAAUUGUUUGAUACACUAUUUCUAGGAACAGUAUUGCAUUUAAUAAAAAGUAUACUAUUUUCA